AGGAGAGCCUGGAGGAAUCCUGACCCACUCUCCCCGCUCACAGACCCCAACCCAUAAAACAGUGUUCUGCCUAGUGAGAAUCUUCCAGAGGGUGUAGUCUUGCCAGAUAGCUAGAGGUUAGUUCACCCUGACUCAGUCACUGGAAGAUCCCUCCAGAUCAUGCAGUUCAGGUGCUGGGGGUGCAGAGCCAGGGUUGAGCCUGGUCCAGACCUGGAAAGGUGAGGGAGGAGAAGCAGAGGACAAGAGGUAUCACAGCCCAGAGAAAAUCCCCUAAGUCUCCCAGCUCCUCCCAAGUCCCAGGAACCUAGAUGAUCCCACCCAAGGGAUGGGCAGGCACGAAGUGGGCCCAGCUUGUGAGUUUUGGUUUACACUUGUCUGAAAAGAACAGAUUUUGCCUUCCGGGCCCUAGCCCACCCAGCCAUACUCCUGCUCAAGCACGGCGGCCAGCACAGCUUGUCGGAUGCUUUCCAUCCAGCCCACCCUCCUAUCCGUGCAGCGUGACUACACCCCAUGGGGACAAACUAUCAAGAGAGCCUUCUCAGCCUUCCUUGGCCUGGCAGGGCCAUGGGGGGUGAUGGAUCUGGGUGCUCUCCUGAACACUGCUCUGUGUUCUGUCCUUAGUGCCCUUGAAACCUUGAUGCCUGACAUCGCCCCUAAGGGAGCCAGCAACAUUGACCUUAAAGCAGCAUUUUGCAGGAUUUCUGCUCAGUAACCUUGGAGGUACAGGGCCCCAGGCCUCCACUGCCAUGACUGAAGCUGACUCUUGACCUGUUUCCAGGUCAGAUGGGUGGCAAGAAAGCAGCUCCACUAAACCAGUGUGAGAUUUGUGAGGACACGCUCUGGGGAGAAAGCACCACCCCAGGCAGGCCACGCUAUCCUACCUAGGUCCUCUCUUCUCUGGACCCCAGGCUCUGAUCUGGGCCUCCGGCUGCUUUCUUCCUAUUCUGGUGCUGUGUGUCCCCACCCCCAGCACCAAACACAGCUAAGGCAGAGCAAAGGAGGGAAAUAAAACAGGAGAGAAGUUCACGGUCUCUGGCAGAACGGGCCCUUGACGGCAAACACAGGUCAGCUGUAGACAGAACCCUGAAGGACUCUCCAGUGAGGGAGAAAAUCUGAGUGUAAAAACAGUGAAGAAACAGAGGCAGAAGGGAGGGCAGGUGCACCUCCUGUCCUUAAUCCGCCUGACUGUCCUGACCGCCCCUGCAGUCUGAACCCUGAAGGGAAGAGCAGCCUGGCAGAGGACCUAGCCUGGAGGAGGAAAGAUUAAUAAACUCCCCGGGAAGAGGCGGCCACUUCAGCAGUAGAAGAAGCAGGCAUUUCAGGUUGAGGGAGAGGGCUGGAAAGUGGUCUGUUUGCAGCGCCUCAGCAGCCCAGAGCCAGGGGCUGGCUCCAGAUGUAUCCCCGUGGAGGAUGCAUAGCAAGUGUCCUUGAAUGGCGGUUUGGAAAGCUAAACCCCAGUUUAUUAAUGGUGUAGACCCCACCCCUUUUACCUAGAGGAUUGUGGAGUAUGAGGGUGGAUUCUACUUGUCCUAAGAGGCCACAAACCAACGCAAACCAAAAGUUUCAGGAGACCUGGUUUGUGAAUGGGGAUGGGGAAAUGGAGGAUAGGGGUGGCUGGGUGAGGGGUCAGUAUGAUACAAGAGAGACCCGUGUCCCAUGCCCAGAGCAAGACCUGCUCUAUCCCCUCCUAGGGCUCACAUUGGUCCUUGGUCCUUGAAGACGCAGAGUGGGGUGGUAUGUGUGUGUGCGCGCGCGCCCUGUCUCAAACUCUGUGUGUGUGCGUGCGUGUGUGUUUGUGUGUGUGUGUGAGCGAUCGCGUGCGUGCGCGCGCGCACUCUCCAGGAUGGUAACCUCUAGGGACAGAAAAAUGGAGGGCCGGGAGCAAGAAGGGAAGCACACCAAGGUGGGCGUGAUCCUGGACCUUCAGCUGACAAGGCCCGGGGCGGGGCCUCACCAAGCCGAGCGGACGCUGGACUGAGUUACGCUGUGUCUGCGGAACAUGGCCCCCGGGCCGCCAGUCACACAGGGGCUCUUGCUGCUGCUGCCUCUCCUGCCGCUGUCGCAGGUGACGCUGGGUUCCGCGGACGGCGACUGUGACCCUUCGGACCAGUGCCGCUGUCCCCGCAGGUGCCCGCCCCAGGCCCGCUGGAGCAGCCUAUGGCAUGUGGGGCUUAUCCUGCUUGCCAUAUUCCUGAUGCUUCUGUGUGGGGUCACGGCCAGCUGUGUACGGUUCUGCUGUCUGAGGAAGCAGCCGCACACCCAGACACACAUGCCACCAGCAUGGCAGCCCUGUGACCUGACAGCCAUCCCUGUGGACAGUGACAGCCCCGCACACAGCACUGUAACCUGUUUGGAGUCUCGAUUCAGGAAUAAGUCUGGCUACCUGAGAUAUAGCUGUGAGAGCAGGAUCCGGGGCUACCUGAGAGAGAUGAGUGCUCACACCUCUGCGGUGGAUACAGCGGCUCAAGAAGAAUUCCAGCGGGUCCUCAGCUCCAUGUGCCAGAAGCUCAAAUCCCAGAAGUACAAUGGCAGCUACUUUGACCAAGGUGCAGAGGCCAGUGAGCGGCUCUGUACUCCGGAAGGCUGGUUCUCGUGCCAGGGCCCCUUUGACCUGGAGAGCUGUCCUUCCAAACACUCCAUCAACCCCUAUGGCAACAGGGAGAGCCAGAUCCUCUUCAGCACCUGGAACCUGGAUCAUGUAAUAGAGAAGAAGCGCACCGUGGUGCCCACGCUGGCGGAAGCAGUCCAGGAUGGGAGGGAGGUGAACUGGGAGUACUUCUACAGCCUGCUCUUCACGGCCGAGAACCUGAAGCUGGUGCACAUCGCCUGCCACAAGAAGACCACGCACAAGCUGCAGUGUGACCGUAGUAAGAUCUACCGGCCCCAGGCAGGAUCCAAAAAGAAGCAGCCUGCUCGUAAGCGCCCGCCGGUGACACACGCCAGGCCCUCUGAGGUGAUGCAGUGGUGAUGGGGCUAUUACCCUUACAUUUUGUCACUCUUCUAGGCCCAGCCUGAGUUUUGUUUUUAAAAGCAAGUAUAUUUUAUGUUUAAAAUUUUUUACAUUU